AAUAACUAACAAGGCUAACAGUGGGUCAGAAACACUAAACAAUGUUUUCACUUUCUGUUUUCACUUUAUUUCAUUCAACAAAUAUCUAGCCCCUCCGUGCGUUACCAUGGCGACUGUUGCCCGGCUGUGACGCUUGUUGAUAUCCAAGCGCAGACGAUGGAAGCUUAAACUAAACCAAAACAAGAUCGAUAUGGACGAUGGCGUGCAACUGGGUGAAAGUGGGCCAGUUAAAAACACUGUAAAAUCUGGCCGAAGAGCUCGCCUCGCAGCGGACCAAUUACUUGGAGAUGCCCGCAACUCCAGGAAGUCUUCCUUGUCUGCUUCUGCCGGAGAAGAUGAUGAUGAGGGACCCCCUCCCAAACCACCCAGGAGGCAAGGCGGCUGGGCAGAAGAAGUCUCCGGAUCCGGUCUUGGCAAAUCUUCCAGAAGAGCCGCUGCAGACGACCUGGAAGACCGCCGGCUGAGACCACAAACUCCCCAAGGAUUAGAUGAUGAUGGAGAUAUUCCAGUCAUUCCAGACUUGGAUGAAGUGCAGGAAGAAGAUCUCAACAUGCAAGUUGCAGCUCCACCGAGCGUUCAAGUCAACCGAGUAAUGACCUACAGAGACCUGGACAAUGAUCUGAAAUAUUACUCUGCAUUCCAGACUCUCGAUGGAGAGAUCGACUUGAAGCUCCUCACAAAGAUUUUAUCACCGGAGCAGGAGGUGAAGGAGGAAGAUGUGCUCUGGGACUGGGAUCAUCUGUUUACAGAGGUGUCUUCAGAGCUGCUCAUGGAAUGGGAUCAAGGGGAGAGUGACGAGCAGGCUUCAAAACAUGCACAAAGUCCGGACGCCGGGAACUGACAAGUGAAUCAUGUUGAUUUCAUUAAUUCCAUUUUGAUACUAAAUCUAUGCUGUAUUUCCUAAAUUGUGCAUAUUGUACAGUUUAUCUAGCAUUUUCUACAUAAAUUCACAACAGAGUGACCAC